AUGGCCUACCGGGGAAGCGACUAUGACGAUCGCUACUACGAUGCGCCUCCCUCGUCUGCCGGUCGCCGACGCCCUCAAUCCACCUAUGAUGAGGUUCGCAUUCAAGAUCGCGAACGUGAGAGUGACCGCCUAGCCUUCCUCCGGGACGACCCCCGACCUCAAGAGGCAGGGCCACUGGUCCUUCGUCAGCGCGAUGUUGAGACGCGCGAAGUCGCUCGGCCUCGUGUGACUCGAGUGCCCAGCCCGCCCCCUCCCCCGCGCCCGGCCCCACGCCCGUCUGUCCGAACCGAAGAGAGGCAGCUUGAUAUCGACAUCAUCACCUCCCGCGGCAGAACCAACGUCGACGUUCAUCGCUCAAGCAGUCGCCAUCGCGAGCCCAGUCAGGAGCGACGUUCCCCCCACAUCCACGCCCACGGACAUGAGCUCGUUGUGAGCAAUAAUCGGGACACACUCCGCGUGGAGGAUCGCCACUAUCACACCCAUGGCGGCCAGCGUCGUCGGGCUCACUCGGCCGCGCCUCUCCGCUCACCUGUCGAUGAGGAGGCCGAAUUUAUCACAUCCAAAAUUGACUCUCGCGGUCGCAUGGGUGAGGCAUGGAACGGCGCCACCAAGGACUGGACCAUUGUUGAUGUGCCUCCUGGCACGGAGAGGGUACGCAUGGAUGGCGUCGGCGGCGGAUCGACCGACACGUCCUGGCAGCGCUAUAGCGGCGUGCGCAGGACCAAGUUUGUCCCUGAACGCGACGGCCAGAUGGUGCCCGCACCUGCUCCCGCCCCACUCCCGGCGGCGCCACGGGACUCGCGUGAACGGCUGGGAGGAUAUGAACGCGAGCUGGAGAUUGAAAUCGACCGGUCGCGCGACCGUCGCGGCUCGUCCCGUGCUCCGCCGAAACCCAAGCAGGAUCAGAUGUGGACGGAGAUUACGAGAGAUCUCGUCUGUCGUGAAGCCGUCAUUGAGUGUGGCUAUGACUUUGAGGAGACGGAGGACUUCUUCUAUGUGAUGCAGUACCUCAAAUACGAUAACGUACUAGAGCUCAUCCAGUUGACCGAGACGAUACGCAGGCACCGCAAAGACCGUGCGCGGUGGGAGCAUGACUGGCGAGAGCAGCAGCGAUACGGAAAGCCGCGUAGCAAAUAUCUCGAUGAGCGGGUGACGGAGCGGGAGUUUGUCUAUGACAGCUCGCGGAAUGCCAUGCGGAGGGGAUACUAG